AUCUCUUUCUCCUUCAUUUCUUUUUCUUUCCUUUGUAAAUUGUAUGGCCGGCCUUAAUUUUAAUCCAUCAUUUUCUCCUUACAUUUCCCAUCACCUGUACUCGGACUAAGAGUGUGUGUAUAUAUUAUGCCUCAGUUCAUACAUGUUUUGUACUGCUACUCGGUCAUGGGGUUCCUCAGCUUUACUCUGCUGAUUCUUGGGCUGCUUCAGCUUGUUUCUGCACAACAAACCACUGAUCCAAAUGAAGUGGCUGCCCUUAGAAGUAUCAUAAGUUACUGGAACCUGGGGAGCAAGAUCAAUCUAACAAUGGAUCCUUGCAACCAAACUGCACCAUGGGCCACUGAGGAUUCUAACCCUCGUGUUGCCUGUGACUGCACCAGCAAUCCAUGCCACAUCACUCAUUUGAAGAUUUAUGCUUUGGAUAUCAAGGGUGAGAUACCCAAAAAGUUGUUUGAGCUUAAGGAGUUAAUGGACUUGAACCUCGGUCAGAAUGUGUUGAAAGGUUCCGUUCCGGCUGAAAUCGGACAACUAUCAAAGAUGCAAUACCUUAGCUUAGGCAUAAACAAUUUAACAGGAGCAGUGCCUUCAGAGCUUGGCAAUUUAACACAGUUGCUUUCACUGAGUUUUAGCUCAAACAAUUUCAUUGGACCAUUGCCCAAAGAGCUUGGAAAUUUGACAUCCUUACAGCAGCUGUAUAUUGAUAGCAGUGGAGUGAGUGGACCAAUACCUGAAGAAUUUGCCAAUUUAAAAGCCCUUCAGAUUCUCUGGGCUUCUGAUAACCUCUUAACUGGGAAACUGCCAGAAUAUUUUGGGACCUUCACAGAAUUCAGAGACAUGAGACUCCAAGGAACAUCUCUCGAAGGUCCAAUACCGAGCAGCUUUUCCGCUCUAACAAAACUUGAAGAUCUGAGAAUUGGUGAUCUAAGAGGGGAAGAUUCAUCCCUUGAUUUUCUGGACAACCAAACAAGUUUGUCAACACUAUCUUUGAGAAAUUGUCACUUGUCGGGACAAAUUCCGGAACGUCUUGGAAAAUUCACCAAGUUGAAAUACUUGGACCUGAGUUUCAAUGAGUUGACAGGUCGAAUACCAACCUCUUUCCGGGGAUUCUCUUCGUUACAGUUCUUGUAUCUUGGAGACAACAACUUGAGUGGGGAGUUGCCUGAAGAUAUCUUAACUCCGGAGCUCAUUGCACUGGAUGUUUCAUUCAAUCCCCUUUCUGGAAAUUUACCGCCACAAUCCUCUACAACGAAAUCGAUAAAUGUUAUUGGAACUUCUAUCAAUACAAAUGGAUUACAGGACAAUAAGGCUUCUGGGAUGUUGGACUGCCUCCAAGGCCAAACCAAGUGCAAAAAUAAGGGCUCAUCCACUUCAUUUUCAAUCAAGAGUGGAGGCACAGCUCAAACUUCUGCGUCCGGUAUCAAAUUCGACGACGACUCCGAAACACUCGGAUCUGCCUCGUUGUAUACAAGUACCAACGAUCGAUGGGCAGUAAGCAGUACUGGGAAUUUCAUUUCGAACCCGAACGGAAACCGGUAUACGGCAAUGACGGAUUCUCAGAUCACGGGAACUUUAGACUCAGAGCUGUAUAAGACCUCAAGGGUUUCACCUAGUUCUUUGAGGUACUAUGGCCUUGGUCUAAAAAAUGGAAAAUAUAGCGUUGAACUUCAUUUUGCAGAGAUAGAAAUGGAUGACUCAUUGUCUUGGAGAGGUCUUGGUAGACGCUUAUUUGAUGUUUAUGUUCAGGGUGUGAAAGUUCUUGAAGAUUUCAAUAUCCAGAAAGAGGCUGGUGGAUCAGAAAAGGCAUUGGUAAGAACAUUUGAGACAAAUGUGACAAACACAAUAAUGGAGAUUCACUUCUUCUGGGCUGGGAAAGGCACUUGCUGUAUUCCAUAUCAGAGCACAUAUGGCCCCUUGGUAUCCGCAAUACAUGCAUCCCAAGUGUCCGAAGCUGCCGGUGUCUCUUCGAACAACAAACACGUCGGACGAAUCGUCGGGAUCAUAGUCGGGGUUACCGCCGGGGUCGUGAUACUGUCUUCCGUAUUGUACUUAUGGUGGAAGAAGGAUCCACAGGGUCAUAUGAGAGUUUUAAGAGAUUCACCAAAGAAGCCAUUAAAGUAGUCACGUUGUGUUGUGCAUUUACCUAAUGGAAUAACUAGAUACCAUGUCCAUGUUACAUAAAUGGAUGGUUGAAGACAAUGUCCAUUAGAUUUAAAUUAUGUAAUCGCUGUCUUUCUUUCAACUAGCUUAGCCCACUGUUGUGUAAUUUAUGAAUAAAAAAGUGGGUUUUUUUUGUGGUUUUCUCAUUAC